UAGGUGGAGCGCAGCGGCAGAGAGCCGUUAAGCAAUGCUGGGCAGCCGGGAAGCAGGCGCCGCUGGCGGACAGGAAGCGGCCCCCGGGCCGGUGGGCCCCUCGGGGCCCCUGAGCCCGGAGCACCGCGGGCAGGAGAGGGCUCCCGGCCGGGCAGGGUGGCGUGUCAGCGGGCUGGUCAGCUGGAGGCAGCAUCCGGUCAGGACGUCAGCCCUGUUUGCUGCAGCCAACGCGGUGGUCUGGUUUGUUGCCUUCAGCUCUUUUCGGAUCUUCAGCCUUAUUUCCAUCCUGUUGGUUCUGUUGGUCGUCACGGUAACCGCCAGAGAUGCAGUUUGGACCAGGACCAAAGGAGCUCAUGUGUGGCGCAGCAUGACCAGCAGUUGGGAGAUCAUUGACUCUGGGCAGGACGGCCGGUCCAGAACCGGACCUCAGCUCAGUGACUCCCUGAGACUUUUCAUCCAGGAGACGUCGGCGUUCAAACAACAAAACCCUGGCAAGUUCUGCCUGCUGGUCUGCAGUCUCUGCACCUUCUUCGCUGUCUUGGGUCGCUACGUUCCAGGAAUCGUUAUCUCCUACGUCAUGUUGCUGGGUAUUUUCCUGUGGCCUUUGAUUUCAUCUCAAGACAAAAGUUUGUGGCUGAAGCCAGUUCUGCAGAAGCUGGACUUCGGCAUCGGGCAAUUUUUUCAUAAAAUCAAGCAGAACCAUGAGAAGAGACUCGUUCAGGCUCAGAUGGAGAGAGAAGGCGUCGAAUCUGAUCUUUCUUCGAUGUUUCCCAAGCUGGACUCCACGGUGUGUAAAGACUUGUCAGUGUCAGAUACUGAAGUGUCUGACGUGACGUGGACGGAUAACGGCACUUUCAACCUGUCAGAGGGACACACUCCGCAGACGGAGAACUCAGAAGAUCUGGAUAAAGAGGAAUUGUUCACUGCUGGUCUCCCAGAUUUUCCUUCCCUUGAUAACGGCACAACAACCAACGGUGACGAUGACCUCAGUCUUGACCUUUCCUUACCUCCGCCUCUACCAAUCAAAUCAAAGCGAUCGCCUCCUCCGUCACACGAAGGCCAACCGAGCGACAGCGCCCUGCAACUGGUCAACCAGAUGGCCGGCGACGUCAUCGCCGCCGCCGUUACGUCCGCCAUCCAGGAGAGGAUAGAGGCCGCAGUCGGCUGCUUGGCUCUGAGCGAAGACCCCGAGAGGUCAAGGCCUCCGGAUUUGAGCCGGCUGCUGGACCUGGCCGAGGAGUCUGACAGCGAGGUGGAGGACUUUGAGCUGCUGGACCAGUCUGAGCUGGAGCAACUGGAAGGGGAGCUUGGGUUGGUAGAGGAGAAGACGAAACCCAAAGAGGAGGAACCGGCCAAGACCGACAAACCUGGAUUCUUCUCCAAACUCCUCAGACGCCACUGAUUGGUGAAACGUUCGGCAGCAGAGGGUAGAUGGUCACGAAGGACAAUCAGAGUUUCUGUCACCUUUGGCUUAUUUUUGAGCAGAAAAUAUUACAAUUUUUAUCUUCUAGAGCAUUUACAUUUGAAACAUCUAUUUCAGCACAUGUGCAGCAGAGGCUCAUUUACUUUAGUACAUAAGUUGAUCUCAUCAUGAUGUGGAAGUUCUUAAAGGAAACAGAACCUGUGAUUUGAGAUCUGUCUGCAGUAAAACAGCCUGGAUAAAGAAAGGAAGCUAAGAAUGUACAAGCCUAUCAUUGUUGUUCCACACUAGAUUCUACAAAGUUGAAAAGAACCUAAAAACCUCGUACUAGGUCAGACCGUCAACCUUUAACCAAGUAAAUACUCGUUUUAUGACAUUUCUCCUCAGAUACGUUUCUGCUCCUCCACAGUCAGUGUAAGCCGACCUGCAGCAGCCAGUCAGAGGAAAUCAUGAACCUCAAAACAACAUUUAAUCUUUCUCAGGUGGUCAUUCUUACAGUCUGAGGAUGUUUUAUGGCUGGUGCUGCAGGACUUUGUUAAAAUGCAUUACAGCUCUAUUAUAAACCCAAUUCCACGCUUUCCUGCUCCUUAUUUCUAACAACAAUACUGCAGGUUUAUCUUUGACAGGCAGGCCAAAAUUAUUGGGAUUUAAACUCAGAGCUUCUCUGUCUCUCACUGAUCAGCACAGCAGAUCCUGGGUGCAAUUUGGAGGUGUGUGCAUUGCUUCUCAACUGGGAACUCAAUAUAUCUCAGUUUCCUUCAGGAGGAGUCUGAAGCUUGUUCUCAUGAAUAGUGUGGAUUACUUGUUGCCAAGAGGGAAUUUAUCAGGAGCAAAAACGACCAGAAAUGUUGAUGUGAUGAGAAUUGGAGUUUUAUUCACCUUUUCCAUGUUUUUCUUCUUCCAUUUGGGUCUUGAAUGCUUCUAAAAGCAGCCCAAGUGCCUAAAAAAUACACCCAACCAUUUUUUGGCAAUAAUUUAAAGUUUUUUGGUGCCCAGAAAACGAGUCAUUUCAAAAACAUACCCCGAUUUUUAAAUCACAAUCAACAGGCAGUGCACUGUUACCUAGCAACCCCAGCUGAGCUCCAACACAUUUGGUCAGCUGGCUUUCCCAAUUUGCCAAUUUAUGGGCUGUACAAUGGCUGCUGGAAAAAAGAAGGGUUUUGUUGUUGACGUUCCAUCCAGAAACCACUUUGCGGCAUUCUUGUUGGUUGUUCAGGUGGCUCCACUUCUGCUUUUCAAAGAUGUACAGUUGUAUAAUUGCAGAUCUGAUUUUGGCCAUUUUCAGACGAGAGUUUAACUGAGUUGGGGGGCGUGGCCAGCAGAAUCUUCUCUGGAUUUAAAGUAACAGGACUCGCCGAAACAGCUCAUUGUGAAAGGAGAUAAAAAACAGGCUGAACAGAUCAGAACAAAAUCUCUUUAUCUAAGAAUGAUUUUGUUAGAUUUAUCCUAACCAUAAUAAACCACCUCUCUGUUGGUGUGAAGCUGUUCUACCUGGCUGCCAUCUUGCUUGUACCCUACAAAGUUCUUUCUUUUCAUCCAGUAUGAGGUUGUGAAAUUAAUUUUUUGAAAACAAUGCAGAUAAGACACUGACUACUCAUACUGACUCCACAUAAGCAAUCCUAACCUGUCAUCUGAAAUCUGGCUUGGUUCUUUCAACUACAUUACCCAGAAAUCCAAAGAAGUGAGCGAGUUAAUGGUGACAGUCACUGCAUGGCUGCAUUUUUCAGGCUGAGAUGAAAACGUUGUUCAUCUCUGGAUCAUUGAUGAUGAAGGUUUAAAGAAGAUAAUCAGGUUCAUUGUGUCUCCUGCGUUAGGAUCUUAGUGUUCCUUAUUUUAUCAAACAUUUUGCAGCUUUUUCACUUUUCUUUUGGUGCAACGUGCAGCUGGUCUCAGAAUAAUAUGCAUGGAUAUCUAAAUAAACAUCCAACAGAGGGACUGUAGGAGAUUUUGUGGCUGAACGGCAGAGAGCUGCUGGGACUCCGGAGGAAAAGACGGGAUCCCAGUGAGGAAAAACAGAAAUUAGACUGACUGUGAAUUCUGUUGGAACAAUAAAAGAAACCAAGUUUGAUAA